AUGACAGGAUCGUUGAAUUCCGCUGUUCCGCCGGAUUCCACGGAUAACACCAGCAGCAGCAAUAAAAUAGUCGUGACUCCCAUAGUAACUGAGGGGAUCAUUCGUCUGGACGCGGACGAAGCUUCUCGGAAGGCGGCGGCCUUUCCGUCUCUCUCAUUCGCAGACCCACCAGCCAGGGAGCAGCGACUAGGAGGCGGUGGUUCGGGAAACGAGGCACUCUCAAUCGAGGACGUGCUUGCAGGGGUUGCUGUUUCUGUGGAAUUCAGUUCGCGAAACGACCAGCAAGUGGUUACCAUCCAGCUACCGGAGGGGUCGUCCUUCUAUGGAACUGGGGAGGUGGGAGGACCUCUUGAGAGGAGCAAGAAACGGAUCUUCACAUGGAACACGGACUGCUGGGGCUUCAACGGCAGCACGCCCUCGCUCUACAUGUCGCAUCCCUGGGUCUUCUCCCUGCUGCCGGACGGCCGCUGCCUCGGCUUCCUGGCCGACACCACCCGGCGCUGCGAGGUGGACCUAAGACAUGCGCCCACCCUCUGCUUCACUGCAUCGGCGCCCUUCCCCCUCAUCCUUUUCGGCCCCACUGCCUCCCCCUCGCACCUCCUGCAGCUCCUCGCCAAGGCCAUUGGCCCCCUCCCUCUCCCUGCGCGCUGGGUGCUGGGUUACCAGCAGUGCCGCUUCAGUUACGAGUCUGCUGCCAGGGUGGAAGAGGUGGCAAAGACUUUCCGUGAAAAAAAGAUUCCAUGUGAUGUUAUGUGGAUGGACAUAGACUACAUGGACGGCUACAAGAGCUUCACCUUUGAUCCAGUCACCUACCCCGACCCGCUCGGGCUGGCGCGGUUCUUGAAUGAGGCGGGCUUUAAGGCUAUCUGGAUGCUGGACCCGGGGAUCAAGGAGGAGAAGGGGUACGGCCUGGUUGAGUCCGGUGACGCGGCUGACGUGUGGAUUCUUAAUGGAGAGGGCAAGCCGUUCGUAGGCGACGUGUGGCCCGGCCCCUGCAAGUUCCCCGACUACACGAUGCAGCGAGCCAGGGAGUGGUGGCGAGACAUGGUGGCCGAGUUUGCAAAGGAGGGGGUGGAUGGCAUCUGGAACGACAUGAAUGAGCCCACUGUGUUCCGGGCUGUGAAUAAAACCAUGCCAGACGACAACAUCCACAGGGGGGACGACGACAUGGGUGGCACUCAGAAUCACCUGCACUACCACAACGUGUACGGCAUGCUCAUGGCUCGAGCAACCAGCGAGGGUUUAGAGAAGGCCCUUCCCGACAAGCGGCCGUUUGUGCUGACCCGGGCGGGGUUCAUUGGCAGCCAGCGCUGUGCUGCCUCGUGGACUGGCGACAACCUGGCCACCUGGGAGUACCUCCAUAUGAGCGUGCCCAUGGCGCUUAACAUGGCUCUGAGCGGCCAGCCUCUGAACGGGCCAGAUAUUGGCGGGUUCGCCUUGAACGCCACUCCUCGGUUGUUUGCACGGUGGAUGGGCAUUGGGGCUCUGCUGCCCUUCUCCCGAGGGCACUCGGAGAAAGGGACCAAGGACGCCGAACCAUGGGUGUUUGGCGAAGCGUGUGAGGGGGUGUGUCGGAAGGCCAUAGAGCGUCGCUACCGCCUGCUGCCACACCUCUACACACUCUUCUACCAUCAUGACAACUCCGGCAGCCCCAUCAUCUCGCCGCUCGCCUUUGCUGACCCAUCCAACCCAGCACUGCGGGCAGUGGAAGACCAGUUCCUGCUGGGCCCUCUGCUCGUCAUGACAUUCACAGAGCGCAGCAAGUUUGCCGACCCGUCAGCAGCCAAUCAGAGGCUGCCACCUGGCACGUGGAGGCGCUUCCACUUCCGCGAUUCCGACCAGGACCUCCCGCUUCUCUUUCUGAAAGGAGGCGCCAUCUUGCCCACAGGGCCUGUCGCUCAGAACACUCAGGAGCUCCGGAGGGAAGAUUCGGUGACUCUGUUAAUCAGCCUCGACGAAUCAGGUGCCAGUGAGGGCCAACUCUUUGAGGAUGAGGGGGAUGGGUACCGGGCAGGGGAGUACCUGCUGGGUAUCGGGCAGGGGAGCCCUCUGAGUCUCUGA